AUGCAGCUUGGCCCAAGUAGCGCUCGUUCCGGUGCGUCUGGCAGCGUCCACGGCAGUAUCGACAGCAGCAACAGUACCGUGCGCACAGAUGCUGUUCGCGAUGUCAAGGCCGAGAUGCUGGCCAACUGGCUUCACACCAAGCAGGAGGAGCGGGUAUGGACCUUUGGAUCACCUGGUGAAGGUGUCUUCAUGAAGAAGUCCAAGGGAAUCUAUUCCUGCGCCCCCGAAGCGCUCCGUACCGACGGCACGGGUCUCAUUGAAGCUGUUACCGAGUUGAACGUCCGAGUAAGUUUAACAAUCGCCAAACACCCGUACGGCCUUGUCACUAAUACUUUGCAGUGCGCCAUGACCAUCAAGACCAGGGUCAUCGAGUACCUUCUUGAGCGAACUUCGGAGCAGUAUGUGCAAAUCCAGAGCGGCCUUCGCUUGCAAGUCGUUCCCGAUUUUGAAGCUUUGCCACACUGCCAGAGGGGUCAGUCCGCUGCUUUCAUCGCCUCACGAGGCAUGCUAGUAGUGUGGCAGGAUGAUCCGAAGUUGACGCUCGAACGCGCCGAGUUCAUCAUCAAUUGUAUGAUGAGGACGACGUGUGGAGCUGAAUACGGCUAUGACGCGCAGGAUCUGGAGUUGGAGAAGUCAGGCAAGAACCCCGCACACGAUAUGGAAGAUUACGACGACUCGCGUGAUUCUCGAGAAGCCAAUAAGGAGGAGGCCCGAGACAUGAAGAUGUGGCAAGCUGCCUACUGCGGAAUGUCCAUUCUUCUCCUAACGGUAGCUAUCGGGUCGGGGUAUAGGCAGAUCGCGAUCGAAGAGUUCCAAGCCCCAAAGCACUGGCUUCGUCUGCUCUUCCUCAUUUGCUUGCCCGCGCAAGUCUGGCUAUCAUUGUUCUUCUUCCAAGCUCUGGUUGGUAACUUCGCCCAAAUCAUUGGCCCUACCGAUCAGAUGAAAGAAAACAGCCGUUACUACUCCGGCAAAGCCCCCAGGCGCCUCAACCGUGAUCACUUUGGCGGCCCGCUCCCACAUGUAACCAUCCAGAUGCCCGUUUACAAGGAGGGUUUACGCACUGUCAUUGAGCCCACCAUUCGGUCGCUCAAGGAAGCCAUCUCUACCUACGAGCUUCAGGGAGGAAGUGCCAAUAUCUUCGUCAACGACGAUGGAAUGCAAGUUCUCGGAGCCGAGGAAGCCCUGGAGCGCCAGUUGUACUACGACGAGCAUGGUAUUGGCUGGGUAGCGCGCCCAAUCCACGAUCCCAAGGGCGAGCGCCCAAGGCUGAGCGAGUACGAAGUGAAGCCGUUUAUUCGCCCCGGAAAAUUCAAGAAGGCAUCCAACAUGAACUACGCUCUAAGAAUCAGUUGCAGAGUUGAAGAGGUCAUGGCACAACAUGAACGUGGAGAGACCUGGAGCCAGGUUGAAGAGGACGACCUCUACCACGAAGCCAUGAUAUCCGUCAUGGCUGAGCACCAGGGCGAGGCUUGGGCUGAUGGUAACAUCCGCAUUGGCGACCACAUUCUCCUUGUCGAUUCCGACACCCGUGUGCCUAAAGACUGCCUGCUCGAGGCCGUCAGCGAAAUGCACCAGGGUCAGGAAGUGGCCAUCCUACAGUACUCUUCCGGAGUCAUGAACGUCACCAACAGCUUCUUCGAAAACGGCAUCACUUUCUUCACCAACAUGAUCUACACCAUGAUCCGAUUUGCUGUCGCUGGUGGCGACGUCGCCCCUUUUGUCGGCCACAACGCGAUCCUAAGAUGGGAGGCACUUCAGAAGGUGGCUUACCAAGUCACAGAACGUGAACAGACGUUCGAGAAGUUUUGGUCCGAGGAGACGGUGUCUGAGGAUUUCGAUAUGAGUCUACGGCUGCAGAGUGCUGGCUACAUCAUUCGAUUGGCCUCAUACCAGGGUGACGGCUUCAAAGAGGGUGUAUCGCUUACCGUAUACGAUGAGCUUGCCCGUUGGGAGAAGUAUGCAUACGGCUGCAACGAACUCAUCUUCAACCCCUUGAUCUACUGGUUCACCCGCGGUCCUUUCACCAAGCUCUUCCGCAACUUUAUCUUUUCCAACAUGCCUCUCGCCUCUAAAGUCACCAUCAUGGCCUACAUCGGUACCUACUACGCUCUCGGCUGCUCGUGGGCCCUUACCGUGCUCAACUACUUCUUGAUCGGUUUCUUCAACGGAUGGCUAGAUCAUUACUACAUCAACUCCUUCCGCGUCUACUUCGCCAUCAUCAUCGUCUUCAGUGUCCUCGGUAACAUUGCUCUCGCCGUCCUCCGCUACCGCAUCGGCGAGGGUUCCUUUUUCGGCGGCCUCUGGACAAACAUCAAAUGGAUCCCUCUCCUCAGUAUCUUCCUCGGCGGCAUCUCUCUGCACGUCUCGCAAGCUCUCCUCGCACACUUCGUCAGCUGGCCUCUUGAGUGGGGUUCCACUUCCAAGGAAACCGAGCAAGUCAGUUUCUUCGUCGCCAUCAGCAGGGUGCUGAGGAAGUUCAAGUGGAGCUUCAUGUUCUGCAUUGGUAUGACUGCGGUUAUGAUUACCAUGGCUUUUGCUCUGCAAGAGGACUGGAGGAUCAAGGAGCUCAUUGCCGUUUGGCCUAUGGGCACCGUGGUUGUCUUCCACUUUUUGUUGCCAAUUGUACUCAACCCACAGUUGAUGACUUUUACCUGGUAA